CUCCACCCGACAGUCUUUUUGCGCGUGAUAUUGCGGGGAAGGAAGUGCGCUUUGCACAUGCUCGGAAGGGAUCUCGUCUUUGCUCUUUCUUGCAUCGCCCUCCGUUGCUGGGACGGCCCUUUUAAUUCUUCUUCUUCUUCUUCUCCCCGUUUCGGUCUCCAUUAUCUGACUUGGGAGGAAGAAAGACCGGGCGUUUGGUGUUUGGGCACAGCAGGAGGAGAGGCUGGAAUACUUUCUGCCCAUCUUUGCAAGACGCUUUUUUUUUUCUUUCUUUUUCCUUCUCCCAACAUUGGAGUCGCCUCGUUUUUUGCCGAAGAUCGAAACAGUUUUACCAUGAAUGUUGGAAUCGACAAGACUGUGGAGGACAAAAUGCAAGACAGUCUUGUAAACCUUAAGAAAGAAAGACAGAAGGAGGGACGUAAUAGUCAGGAGGUGAAAGACAGCGAGAAAAAGAUAACAGAAGAUAACAAAAAUGAGUCCACAUCGACCAAGGAUGAUUUACAGGAGCUGCAGGGGAUUAAAAUGGAUCAGGGUGAGAGCGUUAAGGCCUUGGUGACGGAAAAAGAGGAGGACACAAACCACAAGGAGGUGCAGCCUGAUUCAGACAUGAUUGAUCUGAGUCAAGUGAAAGAAGAUGAGGAAGAAGAGGAAGAGGACAAGGAAGAGAACAGCAGUGAGGAGAUAGUGGAGUCUGGAAGUAUUGAGAGCAGAGAAGACGAUGAACCGCUGGCUGGGAGACUAGAGGAGAUCAAGCAGAGAUACGGCAAUUUGUGUCAGAACAGCACCGUAUUCCAAGAAAUGAUCCUGCGGCUCAAAGCUGGAUGGAGGAACCAAAAUAAGGAACGGGAUUGUUUGCCCGGGGGCUCGGAGCGGCUGCAACUGAACAGGAUGAUGUGGGGCGGAGACGAAGUCAGCUUUACCCCCAGCAUCGGGGGCCAGUUGGGAGCCCUGGACAGCCCCUCGAGGACGGUGGAUUGUCUGCUGGAAGCCAGAGCUCCAAUUUCGAUCCCGUUCGGCGGGGGCUUCUUUGACUUCAGCGAGUUUGCGGUGCAGCAGAGUUUCCUCCAGAGGGAAGGCCAGGAGCUCUCCAAAACGUUUGGGUCGGGCCUGAGCUCCAGCAUGGUGGAGUUUCGGUCUCAGGAGAAGCCACUGCCGGUGGACAAACUCUACAAGUGCAACGAGUGCGGGAAGAGCUUUGGCAAACUCGCCACCCUCAACACGCACGGCAGGACCCACACGGGGGAGAAGCCCUUCAAGUGCUCGCACUGCGACAAGCGCUUCAGCCAGAGCUCCCACCUGCAGCUGCAUGAACGGACCCACACAGGGGAGAAACCCUACAAGUGCCUGCUGUGCGAGAAGAGCUACAAUCAGCGCUCCAGCCUCAUCAUCCACGAGCGAAGCCACACGGGCGAGAAGCCCUACUCCUGCCUGGAGUGCGGGAAGAGCUUCAGCCAAAAGGCCACCCUGGUCCUCCACGAGAAGAGCCACCGGGGGGAGAAGCCCUACAAGUGCCUGGAGUGCGGCAAGGGCUUCAGCCUGAGCGCCGACCUCAUCCGCCACCAGAGCAUCCACACGGGGGAGAAGCCCUACACCUGCUCCGAGUGCGGGAAGAGCUUCAGCCAAAACUCCCACCUCAUGGCCCACAUCCGGACUCACACGGGCGAGAAGCCCCACAAGUGCCUGGAGUGCGGCAAGGGCUUCAACUGGAGCUCGGAGCUCAUCGCACACGAGCGGACCCACACCGGCGAGAAGCCCUACCAGUGCCUCUACUGCGCCAAGAGCUUCAGUGUCCGCUCCAGCCUCAGCAAACAUGAGCGGACCCAUACCGGAGAAAAGCCCUUUGUCUGCCCCCAGUGUGGGAAGGGCUUCAUCCAGCGCUCCAGCCUGGUGGCGCAUGAGCGCUCCCACACCGGCGAGCGGCCUUACCUGUGCCUGGGCUGCGGCAAAGGCUUCCGGGAGAGCUCGCAGCUCAUCGCCCAUGAGCGGACCCACACCGGUGAGAAGCCCUACGUCUGUCCGGAGUGCGGCAGCUGCUUCAAAGCUAAGGCCGCCCUCCUCCGGCACCAACGUGGUCACUUGGACCUGAACUCCUUCAUCUGUGCCGACUGCGGGAAGAUUUUCUCUUCGGCCGCGGAGUCUCCGGAGAAGUGUCCUGAGUGCGUGAACCUGAGCCUGAUGUCGGAUCUGUCGCAGGCAUCGGAAGAGGCCGAUCUGGAAAUAGCCGAAGGAGCGGGACAAAACGACGGCACUAAGAUAUGAAUGGGUGAGGCCAGCUGGGCCUUGGGUGUUCUGAUUUUUUGCCGGUCAUAAAGUCGUCUUCCUCUUCAGAUGGAGCGGAAAGGGACUGUGCUGCAGCCGACGGAGGACCAGUUUUGUCGACGGGCCGUGACUGUGGGCAGCUGAAUGCCUUCCCCGCAGAUGUGAUGGCCAUCACAGUUUUGGUUCCUGUUGCCAAACCAGGCUCAUUUCAGACCCUUUGGAGGGGAACUGGAAAUGCAGAGAGGACCAGAAUCAAAUGGACACGAAAAUGAAAGAGAAUGCCUGAAGUUUUAGUAUCGUCCUUUGCUACCCAGGGCCUAAAAUGCAGUUUCUGAUCAACUGGAGAUUUGGGUCUAUAGCAGAGGAACCAUGGGACGCGUCUUUGAGGCUCUCAUUUUUGAUCCACGGGCCCCCUUGCUGCCUAUCCGAAGAGUCUUCGGUUUCACAAAAGGUUUUUUUUAAAUGAACUGUGCUCAACUUUUCAAUGGAUUUGAGCUGUAAAGAACUUUACCUCACUAAAUCCUAAUGGAUGCACGUGGAACACUUGGAACCGGGCUUGAGUCAGCCUGCCUGAGCGCAGAGCUGUUGUUUGCCUUGUGUCAAAAAUUAGUGGCACAGCAGCAAAAAUUACAGGAGGGGACAUUAAUGGAGGAAAACUGGUUUGGUCACAUUGGACCUUGAGCAAUUAAUUCGAUUCCUGUCUCUUUUCACAUUUGCUUUAGAUAACAAACUCAGCUGACUAGGUUUUUUUUAUUAUUUAAUUGAUAGCUAGAUAGAAGUACGAGCUUUUUCUCUCCCUUUGGAUGAAAUGAGGGUGAUUUGGUAGGACAUCCCAAUUAACGUGGGAACAUCCCGUUGCAAGAUGGCUGGAAUGAGAGGCAGCUAUCCAGACAGGCACCCCGUAAAAGGAGAUUGCAGGAAAACACACGUCCGAACACAAAUCUUUUUCAAGAAAGCCGUUCUAGGUACAUCAAGAAGGUGUGGCUCUGUUGCCAGAGAGGGAAAAAAUGAAAUUUUAACAGUUUUGCACUUAACUCCCUGGAAGUGGAAAGCUAGUAGCUCAGGGGGCUAGUACAAGGCUACCUCUUGUACUAUUUGCAGUAAAUAAACCCAUUUAGGCACUAUUUUUCCUCAUGUUUGUCCUACAGCAGUGUAUCUCAACUUUGACAACUUUAAGAUGGGUGGACUUCAAGUCCCAGAAUUCCUCAGCAACCCUAACCCAGAGGUGAAAUGUAAAAUUUGUUACUACCAGUUCUGUGGGCGUGGCUUGGUAGGUGAGGUAAUGUGACUGGGUGGGUGUGGCCAACUUUUUUUUUUUUUAACUUUUCAAAGCAUUUUUUCUAAUGCUUUGAAAAGCCUCUACCGAUCAGGCAACUCAGCUGGGAUCGUCAGAGACUUUUCAAAACAUUUUUUUUCUCACCUCUUCAGCCAAGAGGUUGCAGAAAAAAAAUGCUUUGAAAAGCCUCUGACGAUCCCAGCUGAGCCACGUGAUCAUCGGAGGCUUUUUUUUUUUUACUUUUAAAAGCAUUUUUUCUACAACCUCUUCUGACGAAAAAAUGCUUUGAAAAGUAAAAAAAGAAAAAGAAAGCCUCUGAUGAUCGUGUGACUCAGCUGGGCAUGGUGGAGGGGCGCAGGGAUUUUUGCUACCGGUUCUCUGAACCACCCACCGCCAUCACUACGGGAUUAGGCGAUCUGAUCCGAACCGGGAGCAUUUCACCCCUGCCCUAACCUUAGUCCACCCAUUUUAAAAGUUGCCAAAGUUUUAAAAAAAAAACCACUGUCCUACAGUAAUGUAAGCCAUCCAUUAACCACUUCGCACUUCAAACCUGACCUGUAACCUUUUCUCUCUCCUCUCUUUCUCUCUCACCCUCUCCCUCUCCCUCUCCCUCUCUCUCUCUCCAUCUCUCGCUCCCUCCCUCUCCCUCCCCCUCUCUCUCCCUCCCUCUCCCCCUCUCUUCUACCUGUCCCUCUCCUUCACUAAACUAAACUAAACUAAACUAAACUAAACUAAACGUUCACUCCAGGUAGGUAGAUUGUACAUAGAUAAACAGUAAACAACUUCAGGGCAUCCAUAACUUUUCCUCUCAAAUGGUUCUGGGUAAAGCUUUGAUAAUUGCCACCUUGCUCUGCAAAAGAAAAGGGGGGGGGUGCUUUAUAAGACAUCAGCUUUGCGUUGGCCACCCCUGGUUGAAUCCAGUUGUAAACCAGUUUAAGUGUCCUGAAGUUCUGUAGAAGAGGGGGGGAAAAUGUCUCCACAAAAGAAUUUUUCCUCACAUGAGGCAAAACUCCUCAUGAAUUUCGUGAGGAAUUUUGCUUCAAGAAGGCAACUGGGAUUCCUUGUGAAGUGAAAUCAUUAAAAAAAACAAUGACGUCUGUAGGACAGAGGUUCCUUUAGAUCAGAAAUCUCCAAAAUUUAAGACUUGUUGACUUCAAUUCCCAGAAUUCCCCAAUCUGCCAAUCCAUGCUUAUUUCCUUCCAAGAAAUUCACUGCACAGACCAUUCUUUUGCAUUUUUAUUCAAUGUGUUGACGCACACAUAGAGGUGUGUGUGUGUGGUUCUGUCACAGAAAUUAUACCUUGCCAAAUUGUUUCACUUGGCAACUUAAGCCAUAUAUAACUGUCCAAGUGUCCAUCCCCAACCUUGGUUUGUCCAGAUUGUGGCUUAUGGCUUCCUAUCGUUAGAGUUAGGGUGAAUGUGAAUAGAAUUGAGUUGAAAACAACUGGGAGUAUCCAGGCUGGGUUAAUAUAGCACUGGCAAUAGCACUUAGACUUAUAUACUGCUUUACAGCCCUCUCUAAGCGGUUUAUAGACUCAGCAUAUUGCCCCCCCAACCAUCUGGGUCCUCAUUUUACCGACCUCGGAAAGAUGGAAGACUUGAGUCAACCUUGAGCAGGUAAGACUCGAACUGCUGGCAGUGGGCAGAGUUAGUUUGCUUUAUAGCUUUCUAAACACACUGUCACAACGACUCUUAAUAGAGAAAGUCAGUGAUGGCUUUUCACCACUCAUACAUAAAGUGCAUCUGAAAAUGUGAGGUCCUUGGUGCACUAUGAGCUUGGUGGUUUUCUUGCAGACUUCCGUCACCCAACUAGGUAACACCAUCAGUGCUGGAAGGAUGUGGGGUUUACCCCUUUUAGCACAGAUGAGGUUACCCAGUAGGGUGAUGUAAGAUCUGCAAGAAAGCAGCCAAGCUCAGAGAGCACCAAGGAUUCUCUUCUGUCGGUACAUCUGAAAAUAACCGUGGUUAAAAAAAUUUUUUUUUAAUAUGUCUGCAAGAGCUGAUGUUUUGCAAGGCUGUUACAUAUCAUGAAAUUUCCGUAUUCUUGCGAGACAUCACAUAAGAUUUUAGACAGCCAUAGACAAUUACUUGAUGUUUUGUGAGAUUGGGUAUCCUUUCUUUCUUUUUUUUUUUUUAAUAAUUAUUUUGUAAGCACUCUUGUGGAAUCUGGAAAGAUUGCUGACCCCUGAUGUCAAAUAUCACCCUGUAUAUGAUGCUUGUAUAGGCUCCUAUGAUCUGAUGCUGUCUUCAGCAGUAGAAAAUUCUUUUUUUUCUGUUUUUUUUUUUUUUUUUUUUUUACAAAAUCUAAUAUAGGUACAAGCAAUGCCUUCCUCCCGGGCUUCUUCCGUUAGUUUGGGUACUUUAAAAAAGGCACGUUAUCGUAAGGACUUUACCAUGCUUUCAGAAAUUGUGAAAUUUACACUGAAUAUUUAAACCCUGGGGGACUGGCACUCUGCCUCACAUCCGUUGUGUUCUCAUAUGAGGGCAGUGCUUCUCAACCUUGGCAAUUUGAAGGUGAGUGGGUUUCAACUCCCAUAAUUCCCCAACCAGCCACGGGGAAUUCUGGGAGUUGAAGUCCACCCACUUUAAAAGUUGCCAAGGUUGAAAAAUACCGUAUUGGGGUUUAUGUAAAGCCACCUUUCUGACUAUAAGCAAGACCUACCUGUAUGAAUUGUAUAUUGUUAGAAACAGGGAGGUCUCCUUGGUCUCGUCUCCUGCUCUGGAAUAUUGCUCCGGUAUCCAAAUAAUCCUCCCCCCCCCACACCCUUUUUACAUUUUUGUAAUGCUCUUAUUUUUUUUGGGGGGGGGCGGGGUUUCCUUCUCCCCAGCUUUCUGGCUUUGCUUUCAGUGUGAAUAUGCUUUGUUUCGCCUCUCACUUGGGCUCUUGGUUUUUCUUCGUUAUUUUUGAGCGUUAAUAAAAAAAUAAUAAAAUGAUCUCUUAACAUGCCAAAA